AUGGGGCGAGGGAAGAUAGAGAUAAAGAGGAUAGAGAGCAAAGUAGGCAGGCAAGUGACUUUCUCGAAGAGGAGAGCGGGGCUGGUGAAGAAGACGCACGAGCUUUCUGUGCUGUGUGAUGCCCAGAUCGGCCUCAUCGUCUUCUCCGGCACCGGCAAGCUCUUCCAGUACUCCACUCACCCUUUCAGUAUGGAGCAAGUCAUUGAAAGGUACCAGACAACCAAAGGAAUUCCAUUUCAGCACCACGAUAACCUACAGGAGCAACAAUACGACAAGCUGGCGCAAAUGAGAAGUCAAGUAGAUCAGCUUGAACUAAGUCUGCAACGGUUCGCAGGCAACCUGGGUUUCACACAGUAUGAGGAUUUGGAUAAACUAGAAGAGCAGCUUGAAAGCUCUGUUAACAAAAUUAGGUCUAGGAAGAAUGAGCUUCAACAACAGCAAUUGGAUAAUCUGCGCAGGAAGGAGCGGUUGAUGGAGGAGGAGAACAACCAUCUCCAAGGUUUGAUAAGGGAUCAGCACAAGGCAGCCAUGUUGGAGUAUCAGCGGGUAGCAGCAGCAGAACUGAAGGUGGCACCGCUAUCACCGCCGCCGCAGCAGCAGCUGCAGCAAGUACUGGCUGAAGCUGCGUUCUUUGGAGCAGAAGGACCCAGCAGUGUGCUUCAGCUUGCGACUCUCCCGGAUUCCGGCCACGAUGAUCAUCGUCAUCAUCUUCAUUAUCCAUAUCGUCUCCACCCCACCACCAACACUCACCCGACGGCGGCCACCAAUCUUCAGCACCCAAAUUUCCACCACCCCCGCAGCGUCGGGUAGAACUGUUUCAUGAGAAAAGGCAGCCCCAAUCACGUACGCAUACAUAUUUAUAGGUUGCUGAUGGUAGAUCCAGGCAUGGGCUAUAGUUUAAAUUAACACCUUUAGUUUGAAUUUGUAAUAGGUAAUUAAUUUGUUCUAGUCUUUUUUCUCUUUUUAAGAGGUAAAGUUGAAAAUUACUGCAUUAAGAACUCCCCAACAAGAUGUUUGGGAGCUGAGAAUUACACAGCUAGAAAGUAAGGACAGAAUUACAUCCCUAUCGUUGCACAACAUAGCAGAUAUAUAUCCUUAAUUUAUUUGUUUG